GAGCUCGGGUCGGAGCGCAGCGAGCCCGACCGCCCGCCCCGCCGCACCCCUCCUGCGUAGCGCAGCACAGCGCCGCGACACGACGCGGCCUCCGGGCCGGUACGGGGCGACCAUGGCUGCAGAUGGGCUGUCCACCAAGGCACUAAAGGUGAAGCGAGAGCUCGGAGAGAACACACCGCUGCUGUCUGAUGAAGAGUUGAUGGGGCUGUCGGUGCGGGAGCUCAACCACCACCUGCGAGGCCUUUCCAAGGAGGAGGUGGCCAGGCUGAAGCAGCGACGACGGACGCUGAAGAACAGGGGCUACGCUGCUAGCUGCAGGGUGAAGCGUGUCUGCCAGAAGGAAGAGCUGCAGAAGCAGAAGAUGGAGCUGGAAUGGGAGGUGGACAAGCUUGCCCGGGAGAAUGCUGCCAUGCGCCUGGAGCUUGACACUCUCCGUGGCAAGUAUGAGGCCCUGCAGGGCUUUGCCCGCACUGUGGCUGCCCAUGGGCCACCUGCCAAAGUGGCCACUGCCAGCGUCAUCACCAUCGUCAAGUCCGGUGCCAACCAGGCUGCCUACUCCUAGUGCUGGCCCCGUCCCUCGGCUGGGCACUGUCCCCCCCAGGGCGUCUUCCCCUACAUACUUGAGGCUCUCCUUUGCUGGGAGCUGCACCCUAAAUCCUUCCCUCUGGUCCCCAGACCUCC